GCAAAUAAGAAAAUCGAGCCCCCAACACUCCUUCGCAUACUUCAUUCCCGCCUCUCUGAGAUCAACGAGGGCAUACUGUCACCAUCAUUCACUAUACACAAAAUUAGGCCUGUUAUCGCAGACAUGGCUACUCUUAAAGCGCUAUCCAGAGUGGAGAAUGUGAUCUUCAGAAACGUGACAGCGACAGUCAAGACGAACAUCUCGCGAUUCUCCGUUUCCAAGACGUGUGGCUGUUACUUUUCCACCUUAAGUCAACGGUCCGGGCGAUUUUAUUCAGAUCCCCUAGACGCAGUCAAAGAUAUUCCUAAUGGAGCGACUAUUCUUGUGGGAGGUUUUGGCCUGUGCGGUAUUCCAGAAAAUCUGAUCAACAGUUUGCUGAAGACAGGAGUUAAGAGCCUGACUGCAGUCAGCAAUAAUGCAGGAGUGGAUGACUUUGGCCUUGGCCUGCUCCUUCAGACCAAACAGAUCAAACGUAUGAUCUCGUCAUACGUAGGGGAAAAUGUGGAAUUUGAGAGGCAGUAUCUCAGUGGUGAGCUGGAGGUGGAAUUGACCCCACAGGGCACGCUAGCAGAGCGGAUCAGGGCCGGAGGCGCAGGUGUGCCUGCCUUCUUCACUGCCACAGGCUAUGGCACACUCAUCCAAGAGGGAGGCUCGCCUAUCAAAUACAACAAGGACGGCACCAUUGCCAUCGCCAGUGAACCCAGAGAGGUGUGUGAAUUUAAUGGGCGGCACUACAUCAUGGAAAAAGCCAUUACGGGUGACUUUGCGCUGGUCAAAGCUUGGAAAGCUGACAAAGCUGGCAAUGUCAUCUUCAGGAAAACAGCACGAAACUUCAACCAGCCCAUGUGCAAGGCAGCCAAGAUCACAAUUGUGGAGGUGGAGGAGAUUGUAGACGUGGGCACGUUUGCAGCAGAAGACAUCCACAUCCCCAGCGUCUACGUCCACAGGAUCGUGAAGGGAGAUUACUACGAGAAGCGAAUCGAGAAGCGAACCGUAAAGAAAGGCCAGGCUGCAAAUCCCAAACCCAAGAAAGACUCUGAUGUUGUGAGAGAGAGGAUUAUUCGCAGAGCUGCGCUGGAGUUUGAGGACGGGAUGUACGCUAACUUGGGCAUCGGAAUCCCCAUGCUGGCCAGUAAUUUCAUUAAACCAGAUAUUACCGUCCACCUGCAGAGCGAAAAUGGCAUUCUAGGACUGGGUCCAUACCCAACAGAGGAAGAAGUUGAUCCAGAUCUCAUCAACGCUGGUAAAGAAACUGUCACAGUCCUUCCUGGAGCCGCUUAUUUCUCUAGCGACGAUUCCUUUGCCAUGAUCAGAGGGGGUCAUAUCAACUUGACCAUGUUAGGAGCCAUGCAGGUAUCCAAGUUUGGAGAUCUGGCCAACUGGAUGAUUCCGGGUAAGAUGGUGAAGGGCAUGGGAGGGGCUAUGGAUCUAGUGGCCAGUGCUGGAACUAAAGUGGUUGUUACGAUGGAGCACUCUGCUAAGGGUGGCAAACACAAGAUUAUGGAGAAGUGCAAUCUGCCUCUGACCGGAAAACAGUGCGUGGACCGUAUAAUCACAGAAAAGUCGAAAAUAAAUUAAGGUUGUUGAGGAAAACAUUCCAGGAUUUUUCUCCAUAUAGUGGACUUCAAUGGGGGCCAACGGGUUGAAGUGCGGGGUCCAAAUGGGGGCCAACGGGGUCCAAACUGCAGUUUCAAUGCAGCUUCAAAGGGCUCUACACGAUCCCAGCUGAGGAAUAAAGGUCUUAUCUAGUGAUGCCGAUCUGUUUUUUUCUAAAAAAACAAAAUAUAUAUGUAUAUAUAUAUAUAUACAUAUUCUUUUUAACCACAAAUGCUUAUCUUUCACUAGCUCGACUUCACACAUUAUGUAAUCAUGUUGGAAAGGUCCCGUGACGUAGGCAGAAGUACUGACCCAGUGUUUACAAAGGGAACGUGCAAAGACAAGGUACAUAGACAAAGAACUAACCCCACGUAAUAUCAUUGCGCCUGGUGCACCCAAGGUACGGCAGCAAAGUUCUUUGAUUAUUACGCCGGAAAGAGAGUAUAGUUCCUAGCCAUAUCGGCCUAGAAAAUCGAAACUUUUCAUUUUCCAUUGGACUUAGUACGCGAUGUAACCACAGAAGAGUAAAGUUUUAAAUAGGAAAAAUAUCUAAACUCUUUGGUCAUUUUUGAGCGAGAUGCUAACGGUCUAAUCAGAUUCAAUGAUCUAUGCUAAGCUAUGCUAAAAGUGCUACCGCCAGACCCUGAGAUCGGCUAAAUGGAUUCGAAAACGGUAAAACUCAAUUGUUUAACUCUAGGGGAGUUGGAAAAUGCGCCAAUUUUCAAAAAAAGUGGAGUGUUCCUUUAAGCUGCUUUUAUGAACCUCUCACAAAAAUAUUAACAAGAAAGAGUGACUGUUAGCGCCAGUGAAUGAAACUUAAAAUAUGUGCUUCAUAUGUUAGUUCAUGACUUCGUAUUAAAAGAUGUUUCAUUAUGAGGUGUUGUCAUAGAAAAGGAAUCAACACAGGGCAAACAUCCUUGCUUCCUAGAAUGCAUAUGAAUCCAAGAAUGGCUUUCUGAGCCAAUUUGCCACUUGUCAUCUCAGCAGCACACAUAUCUCCAGCGAUGGAAGUUUUUAUAUAAAUAUUGCUGGCAAGCUGUGAUGUGAUUACGCCAUCCAUCUUGCCACGUUUGACUGUUCAUUUCGCUUUCCCCUGAUUGUUGAAAAAAAAAAGUAAACAAGCAUGCAGCACAAUAUCUCUGAGGAGAAAAACAUUUUUUUGGACUGUCAGAGUUUACGGCUGGGACUCCGGCAGGUAGAUUAAUCCUAUUUGCCUACAUUGUUACACACCCAAGCAAAUCCUCCAGCAAUUAGAGACUCUCAUUCAGGUGGAAGAGAGGAUACAGAGACAGCAGGCUCAAGGCAAAGCGUCAGCAAGCGUGCUGCCCGUGGCAGGUUGUGCUCCACAGGUAUUGGGUGAAAUGAGACUACAGUAACAUUAGAUCUGGGUCACAUUGAAUGUUAACAACAGCCUGCUGGUUUCAUGCAAACAUGCAUGAUUUGGUUCAGUAAUGGCCUUUAGCAUGCACUUUACCUCUU